UCUGCCCGCGCCCCGGGCACCACAGCCCCGCCGCCCCGCUGCCUUCCGCGCCCGCGCCGGCUAGCCCCGGAGUCGCCAGCCGCGGCCUCCGCGGGCCCCGCGUCCCCCCUCCCGGAGGCUGCCUCCCGGGGCCACUCUUCGCUUGGGUAAACAGGACAGGAAAAAACCACUGUGGAUUACAUUUUUUUAAAAUCGUGGUUGGGGGUGCAGGAGGGAGGUGGGGUUUGCCUGCGCGCGUGUUGGGAGAAGUCCGGAGCCCGCGCCUGGUCGUCGCCUCCCGGCCGGGCCAUGAGCUGCCCAGAGGAGGGCGCAGAGCAGCGGGGCCGCUCGGGCUGCUAAGCGGGACUCCUGCGCCACCCAGCCCUGCUCCGGCCUUCCGGGAGCUCGGCCUCGAUCUCUUCGCCUGGACGGCGCCGGGGAGCAGAGGAUCCGCGCUCCGGGUCUCCGGGAUGUGCGCGUCUGAGAUGGGGACGCCGUGGCAUCACUGGUCCCCCGUGCUCAUCAGCCUAGCCGCCCUGUUCUCCAAAGUGACCGAGAGCCGGGGCAUCCUGGAGAGCAUCCAGAGGUUCUCGCUGCUGCCCACCUACCUGCCCGUGACCUACCACGUGGACCACGCGGACGUCUCCUUCUUCCUGAAGGAGGCCGACCAGGAUGUCAUGCGCAACUCCAGCCUGCAGUCCCGCGUGGAGUCCUUCCUCGUGUACAAGUCCAGGAGGCUGCCGGUGCUCAGCGCCAGCUACGGGCCCUUCUCCGUGGAGCGCGUGGUGCCCCAGGACCUGCUGCUGCCCUCCAACCCCUUCCGAUUCACCAGCGCCUUCUCCCUGAACUGGAAGCUGAACGCCUUCGUCCUGAGGGACAGGAUCGACCUGAGCCGGCCGCAGGUGCAGGUCCUGUUCCACGUCGCAGGCCGGGACUGGCGCGAGCCCCGGGCCGGGGAGAGGCUGCCGUGCCUGCGGCUCUUUGCCUUCCGGGAGACCCGCGAGGUGCGGGCCGGCUGCCGGCUGGCGGGGCCGCUGGGGCUGUGUGUGGCGGAGCUGGAGCUGCCGCCCAGCUGGUUCAGUCCGCCCACGGUAGUGGCGGGCAGGCGGCGACCAGGGGAUCCGGCCGAGGGCAGCCCUGUAGAGCUGUACUACACCAUGCAGCCUGUGGACGCGCAGGGCAACUGUGCCAGGCAGGACUCGAGGAGACAUGGCGAGCCGUGGGCAGGCCACGGCGACAUGGACGAGUCCGGGCCGCCCCCACACAGGAUCGGGAGUGUCUUCCUCUACCAGACACGGGGCCCACCCCCCCUGCGGGAGCUGCGCCUGGACAGCAACGUGGCCAUUCAUUACACGCCGAAGACCGUCAGGCAGGGCGACGUGCUCACCUUCCCCGUGUCCGUCUCCAGGAACUCCACCCAGGGGGACUUCACGCUGAGGGCCAAGGUGAAGAAAGGGGUGAGGAUCACUGGGGUGAGAGCCAGCAGCCCCGCCGUGUGGGACGUCAGGCAGAGUUCCGAGUCUACUGCCAAGUAUGCACCAGCUGUCAUCGUCUGUCGGAAGAAAUCAGCUGGCCCGGAAGACAGCAUGGACGGCCCCUCUUACGAAGUCAUGCAGAUUGACAUCGAGGUGGAGGAGCCCAGUGACCCCCCGAGCACGCAGCUCGUCACGUGGCAGGUGGAAUACCCGAGAGACAUCACCUCCGACUUGGGAGUGUCCAAGAUCUACGUGAGCCUGAAGGAUCUGAGCGGCGUCAUCCCCCUGGCCAUGGAGGCGGAGAUCCUGAACACGGCCAUCCUGACGGGGAAGACGGUGGCCGUGCCCGUGAAGGUGGUGUCUGUGGCGGAGGAUGGCGCCGUGGCCGAGCUGCGGGAGUCCGUGGAGUGCCGCUCGUCGGAUGAGGACGUGGUCAAGGUCUCCGACAGAUGUGACUUCGUGUUCGUCAACGGGAAGGAGAUGAAAGGCAAGGUGGGCGUGGAGGUGAGCUUCACCUACCAGCACCUGAGCAGCCCCCUGCGGAUGACGGUGUGGGCGCCCCGGCUCCCGCUGCACAUCGAGGUCUCCGACACCGAGCUCAAUCAGAUCAAGGGCUGGAGGGUGCCCGUCGUCUCCAGCAAAAGGCCGGUCCGGGACAGCGAGGAAGAGGAAGACGAGGAGCGGAGGGGCCGCGGCUGCACCCUGCAGUACCAGCACGCCAUGGUGCGGGUCCUGACGCAGUUUGUGGCCGAGGCGGCUGGCCCCGGGGGGCACCUGGCCCACCUGCUGGGCUCGGACUGGCAAGUGGACAUCACGGAGCUCGUCCGAGACUUCAUGCAGGUGGAGGAGCCCAGGGUCGCCACGCUGCAGGGAGGCCAGAUCCUGGUCGGGCAGGAGCUGGGGAUGACCACCCUCCAGAUCCUGUCGCCUCUGUCGGACGCCAUCCUGGCUGAGAAGACCGUCACCGUGCUGGACGAGAGGGUGACCAUCACGGACCUUGGGGUGCAGCUGGUGACGGGGCUGUCGCUGGCCCUGCAGCUCAGCCCAGGCAGCAACAGAGCCAUCUUUGCCACAGCCGUGGCCCAGGAGCUGCUGCAGAGGCCCAAGCAGGAAGCAGCCAUCAGUUGCUGGGUUCAGUUCAGCGACGGCUCCGUCACCCCCUUGGACAUUUACGAUGGAAAAGACUUCUCCCUGCUGGUCACGUCCUUGGACGAGAAGGUGGUCUCCAUCCGCCAAGACCCCAAGGCCCAGUGGCCGGUCAUCGCGGCCGAGACGGAAGGCCAGGGCGCCCUGGUGAAAGUGGAGAUGGCCAUCAGCGAGUCGUGCCAGAAGUCCAAGCGCAAGAGCAUCCUGGCCGUGGGGACCGCCAGCGUCAGGGUCAAGUUCGGCCAAAACGACGCCACCCCCAACACAAGCAACAGCGGACAGCCGGGGCCAGGGGCUCGCCUGGAAACCGGCAUCAGUGACCGAAGACCCAGGAGACCCCAGCAGGAGUGGGGGCGGCCGGAGGGGCAGCACCACGGCAGCUCUUCCCGGGGGCUCACGGAAGGCAGGGGCGCCACCACCGAGCGGGCCACCUUCUGGAGGGGGAGGGGUCAGGGGAGCCCCACGGACGGCAACAGCGGCCACUGGCAGGCCUUCCCCACGGACCUGGCCAGCUCCCCAGACCAAGGGGAGCCCCCCGGGGGCGGCGCGGAGGUGGACGACAGCGACCCCCUGCAGGCGUCCAAGGGGCUGAGCGACCUGGAGAUCGGCAUGUACGCACUGCUGGGCGUCUUCUGCCUGGCCAUCGUCGUCUUCCUCGCCAACUGCGCCACCUUCGCCCUCCGGUACAGGCACAAGCAGGUGCCCGUGGAGGAACAGGAGGGCCUGAGCCACUCGCACGCCUGGCUGGGCCUGAGCCACCGCACCGAGCCGCUCGGGAGCCACGUGCACUUCGCCAGCCCCCAGUUGGAGCAGGUGACUUGCCUGGACCAGGGCCUUGACCUGGAGGAGAGCAAGUACCUGCUCAGCACGGACCCCCAGAAGGGGGGCCUCAACGGGCAGCUGCUGCAGCCCCCGGCAGCCGGCGGCGGCGACGGGACGGGGCCAGGGGAGCCCCUCGCAUCCCCGGCCUCCAGGAGGAAAAGAGUGAGGUUCAGCACGUUCACUGCCCUCACCCCGCCGAGCGCUCCGGGUACGGGGAGCGAGGACGACCUGAAGUGGGCGUGCCAGGCCCUGGGCCCCGGCGACAGCCCGGCGAGGCCACGGGAGGCCGUGUGAGCUGCACACGUGUGGACGCUCCUUCUCGUUCACCUUGGGGCCUUGACUCCCGGGACGUGUAGCCGGGGUGCUCGCGGGAGAGACGUGGAGUGACAGGACGUGACGCGGGUGGCACUGUCGGCUGAGCCCCAGAGACAAGCCCGGGGGUGCAGACUGGACGUCCAGCGUCUUGCCCAGAGGUUCAAGGCUCAACCUGUGUGGUGGCAAGAUCGCUCAGACUUGCAGCAGGGCGAGCUCGGAGCCCCCGGGUUCCUGGGAGCUGCCUGGAAGAGUGCACUGUCCCUCUCUUGAAUCCGCCCUGUGGGGGAUUGUCCCAGGGGGCUGCAGACAAGGGAAGAAGGCGGGGCUCGGGGCGGGGGGGAGCGUCCUGGGUAUGGGAGCGGCCCCUUGCCCAGAGAGAGCGUGGUCAGAGGCAGGGCUGGGGCUCCAGGGUCAGCUGGAGAGGCGGGUUGUCAGCUUCCGACUCCCCAUCAUGGGGGUCACCGAGGGGCAGAGCGGGGACUGGGAGGGUCACCAGAAUCUUUGUAACCACACACCCAGAACUUGCCACUCCCUGGAGAGAGGGAGGGCAGAGUUCCAUCCGGUUCCAAGAACCAGGCUCCGUGCAGCACACACCCCCUGCGUGAAGUGCACCAGCCUCCCCUCCGCUGCCACCUCCCAGAGCCAGCAGGCAGAGGCGAGGGUGGGCGGUGUCCAGCCUCCCCUGAGCCCCUUCCUCCCUCCAGGGUUUGUGUCCACUCCCAGGGGACCAUCGGCAGACGCCAGCGCUGGUGGACUUGACUUUGAGUCAGCAGAAUUCACCACAAAGUCAGCACCAAGCUCCCCUGGCUUGUCCGGGACGAGGAGGGCCGGUGUGCAGCAGGGCUGGGGCCACCCUGGCCAGCUCUCCUGUCUGUCGGGCUCUUGAGACAAACCGGGGUGUCCUGCAGGGCACGGCAGGGGCACAGAGCUGGGGCUCUGGGGGUGUGAGAGGCCGGCAGCAGACAGCCUGCCCCCAUUGCGUGGACAAGACGGGCAUCUCCACCUUGGAGACACGGAGGAAGGCGCUGUACCAGCGACUGUGGUGGGGAGGCAGCGGACACAGCCCUGGGCCCACAGUCCGCCCCGGGAAGCUGAGCCUCGCUUCACAUGGGGGCUCACGGACGGGUAUGCACUUCCCCAGGCGCAGAGCCGGCAGAGCCGGAGGGGAGGAAAGACGGGAGGGUUCCCGGGAGUCUUGCCAGGCAGGGUGCAGGGCCGGCUGACGGUCAGCUCCAGGCGCCCCUGGGAAAGGUGGGGGCCGGGGCCGGGGCCGUGCUGCUGAGCCUGUCUCCGUUUCUGCUUUUCCUCUGUGUCAUUUUCUUUCUCUUCUGCUCCUUAGAUCUCCUUUCUAAUUUCUCUGUCUCUGUGUCUCUGUCUGAACCUGUCUGUCCGCCAUAUCCUCUCCCUCUUCCUCCCCUUCUGUUUCCUCCCCUCCACCUCUCUCCAGCUGAAUCCUGAGGGUGCACAAAUUACCCUGGUUCCCCUUCCCACCACAGGCUCUGCCCUCCACCCUCGGUGCCACCUGCUGGCUCCGAGAUGCGGUGCACCAGUGACCUGCUGCCUUCCCCACGUUCACCCACUUUGGCCGGCUGGGUGACCAACUUGUCACUCCUCUCAAGGGAUAGUCGUUGGCGUCCAGUGGUCCCCUCAUGGUCCCAUUCUGACCCCUACGAUAUUCCAUUCCAUUCGGAGUGGCUCCCCGGCCAGCUGCAGAGCUACUGUAGAUUGUAAGAAUGUAACAGAUAUUUAUAAACUCGUGGGCUGUAAAUACAAAGUUUGCAUUCAGGGCCUCA